UUGCACCCGCUCCCUUUGGCUCCCCUCCCCACAAAAGACUAGAUAUGUCUUUUCCACACAACGGCUGAGCUCUGCUGGCCUGGAGCCUGUGAACACUGAAUGGUCCCUCUGAUUCAAUUAAUCCAGCAGAAUCACACUAGCCCAUUACCCCUGCCUCAUCCCAUGGAAGUCUAGGAGAUUGUUUCCUCUAGUUCCAUCAAGAUCCAUAGAGUAUCAAUCAUCUUCCUUCAUUGAAGCUCACAGCAAAACACAUUCCAUACCAGACACCAAAAUUCAUCACAGGAAAAGCAGCAAGAUUUUGCAAGGCCCAAGGAUUUCCAGUUCAUCAGUGGCUAACCAAGAAGGAGCACCUCUUCUACUGCUAUGAAAGGAAACCUCUAAACCCUACCACUGUACCAUUAACUAUUGUCCGCUACGAGACCUGAAAAGCAUGAAGGCUGUAGCUCUCUUCAUUUGUCUUGUAGGAUCAGCUUUUGCUAUUCCAAGCCAUCCCUUAAACUACAAACUCAGGACCCAUGGAAAGAAGACUCCAGAAAAGACUGAAGGUAUUCACCUUGAAGCCCUAAAGGAAGAGAACACCGGGUCUGCUGACAACAGUGAUUUGCUGCCCAGCCUCAAAAACCUAAAUCCAGAGGUAUCGGUACCAGAUGCUGAGUACAGGGGUGAGCCCCAGACCACUAGAGAACAAGGAAGAACUGGUAGUGAGCAUCAAGUGAAAAAUGGCCUAAAAAGCAUCAAUUUUCUUGCACUGCACAAUAAACCAGGUUUGGCUUCUGAUAAUCAGGACAGUGACUCUGGAAGCAGCGGCAGAGAACAGUUGAGCUCUGAGCAUUACCAGUUCGGGAGGCAAGAGAAACACAGCAAUACGGCCAAUCCACGUUUUCUGGGCAAUGCAGGAAAUCCAGUGGAUGCUCUCAGUCUUGAUCGUGAGCAUAACACCUGGAAAUACAAUAAAAAUAGAGUUGGCCUAUCUGAAAAAAACAGUGAAAGUGAUGAGGAAGAACAUGUGAAAGAAGAGGAGGAGGAAUGGGGUGAAGAAACUGACUACAGAGAUACGAAUUACAAAGGCUACCAGACAAAUCAAGGUAACCAAUACAAAAUACAGCAAAAUGAAAACAGUAUGCAAUCUGAUGAAAUCCUGAGAGAUUCCACUCAACCAAUCCAGACAGCCAAGAGACAUGGUGGGAAAUUUGACAGAGAGGAAGAAGAGAGGAAGAACAGCCAGAAGCAGCUGUAUAAAGAAGAAAUCCUCUCUCAAAAAACUGAAGAUCAGGAUGACAAAUGGCAAAGCCAAGAGAGAAAAGACAAUAUUCAAGUAAACUAUCAGAGUGAUCACAACACAGUGGUGAAAAGACAAGAUAUGGAGGACGAUAAUGUUGAUGAUGAUGAUGGUCAUGACAGUGGUGAUGUUGAUAGUGAGGAAUAUCCCAGCAAUACCUGGAAAGAAGCGGCCUAUGAGGAAGAGGAGAGAAUCCAGAGUAAUGACCAGGAGAGCACCAGUACUGAGCAUGAAGGGGAAGAAACCACCAAAGAUGACACUGCAGUUCAGAGAGAGACUGAGGAUUACAAAGAUGUCAAGAUUAAAGACCUUAUUCACUCUGAGCAAGAUGAUUAUGAUCAUGAGCCACCUAAUUCUGAUGACAAGCAACAACUGGAAAAGACCAGCUCUGUUCAGAGAAUGAAUUCAAUGGAAAAUGAACAUAAGGUUAAGUCUGCAGGCAGUUCCUACAGUGAGAUGGAAAGUACAAGCAACAGGAGUGAGAAGGCUUUCCUGGACCCAUGUAGGAACUUCCACUGCAAAAGAGGUAAAGUCUGCCAUGCAGACAAACAUGGGAAACCCAGCUGUAUUUGUCAAGAUCCUGCUGCUUGCCCUUCCACCAAAGACUAUGAGCACGUUUGUGGUACGGAUAAUAAGACUUAUGAUGGCACAUGUCAACUCUUUGGCACCAAAUGUCAGCUUGAAGGGACAAAAAUGGGACGCCAGCUGCACCUAGACUAUUUGGGCUCCUGCAAAUACAUCCCACACUGUACUGAUUAUGAAGUGGAUCAGUUCCCCCUCCGAAUGCGAGACUGGCUCAAAAACAUCCUUGUGCAACAUUAUGAACGGGAUCUGAAUACUUCUGGAUUUCUAACUGAAAAGCAAAGGAACAAGGUCAAAAAGAUCUAUGAGAAUGACAAGCGCCUCACGGCUGGCGACCACGCUGUUGAGCUGCUCCUGCAUGACUUUGAGAAAAAUUAUCACAUGUAUGUGUAUCCUGUGCACUGGCAGUUCCAUCAGCUUGAUCAGCACCCUGCUGACAGAUUAUUAACACAUUCAGAGCUCGCACCUUUGAGAGCCUCCCUUGUUCCCAUGGAACACUGCAUAACCCGUUUCUUCCAAGAAUGUGAUGGAGACCACGACAAACUCAUUGCUUUGAAGGAAUGGUGCCACUGCUUUGGGAUUAAGGAAGAAGACAUAAAUGAAAAUCUCCUAUUCUGAGCCUGGCUGAAUAGAAUCCAAGUGCUGCACUAGAACUGGUGAAAUAU